AUGAAGUCACCACUCUACAUCCUCACUGUUCUACUUCCCCUUGCGCUGGCCAUACCAGCUGCAGAACCUGACGUUGGCGCUGAAUCCGUCGAGGAGAGAGACAACCGCAACGGCCACGGCCACGGCCACGACCACGACCACGACCGUGGCCGCAACGAUCGAUGCAGCAAGAACUCACAGAUCCCUUACUACAGAUACCCUUGCGACUCAAGCGAUAGGCUCGGAUCGUAUGGGAGUAAUCGGCAUGUUGACUACAUUUGCAAAUACAAUGGCUGGUAUAGGACUGGAAACAGUUGGUGGGUGAGGGGAAGCGACAAGCCCAGUAACUGCGACAGCGGCAAUCGGAAUUGUUUCUGA